AAGCGGUGGAGCACCACGAUAAGCGCAAUAAAACGCUACGAAAUCAGCAGGGAAGUCGCUCAUUGGAUUUCAUCAUACUUCGAGAAUUCCUGGAUAAGAGACCUAAAUUCGUAGACAACUGACACGACGAGAAUUCGUUUCUGAACUACAAGAAUUCGUGUAUGAACAACGAGAAUUCAUGUAUGAACAACGAGAAUUCGAGUAUGAACGAUGAGAAUUCGAGUAUGAACGACGAGAAUUCGAGUAUAAACGACGAGAAUUCGAGUAUAGAACGAAGAGAAUUCGAGUAUGAACGACAAGAAUUCGAGUAUGAACGAGAACGACGAGAAUUCGAGUAUGAACGACGAGAAUUCGAUAUGAACGACGAGAAUUCGAGUAUGAACGACGAGAAUUCGAGUAUGAACGACGAGAAUUCGAGUAUGAACGACGAGAAUUCGAGUAUGAACGACGAGAAUUCGAGUAUGAACGACGAGAAUUCGAGUAUGAACGACGAGAAUUCGAGUAUGAACGACGAGAAUUCGAGUAUGAACGACGAGAAUUCGAGUAUGAACGACGAGAAUUCGAGUAUGAACGACGAGAAUUCGAGUAUGAACGACGAAAACUCGAGUAUAAACGACGAGAAUUCGAAUACGAACGACGAGAAUUCGAGUACUAACAACAAGAAUUCGUGUAUGAACGACGGGGAAUUCGUGGAUCAACGAAGAGUAUUUCUUCAUCAGCGAGAGGUAUCCGGUCAUCAGCGUCAAGUGUCCGUUCAUCAGCGACAAGUAUCCGUUCAUCAACUACAAGUAUCCGUUCAUCAACGAAAAGUAUCUGUGAAUGAAUGGCCAAUGCAUGUGGCCGAAUGGGGACAAUCCGUGGUCAAAUGGGAAGUAUUUGUGCUCAAAUUUCGAGAAUUCGUGGAUAAAUCUCCAGAAUUCCUGUAUAAAUGGAGAGAUUUUUUAGAUAAAUUACGAAAAGUCUUGAACAAAUGACGACAAAUCUUUGAUAAAUGACGACAGAGCUUUAAUAAAUGACGAGAAUGUGGUUAAAUUGCGAGAAUCCAUGGUCAGAUGUCGAGAAUCCAUCGAUCAACGACGAGUAUCCUUUCAUCAACGACAAGUAACCGUCGAUCAACUACAAGUAUCCGUCGAUAAACAACGAGUAUCCGUUCAUCAACGACAAGUAUCCCUUCAUCAACGAAAAGUACCUGCGAAUGAAUGGCCAAUGUAUGUGGCCGAAUGGGGACAAUCCGUGGUCAAAUGGGAAGUAUUUGUGCUCAAAUUUCGAGAAUUCGUGGAUAAAUCUCCAGAAUUCCUGUAUAAAUGGAGAGAUUUUUUAGAUAAAUUAUGACAAUUCUUGAACAAAUGACGACAAAUCUUUGAUAAAUGACGACAGAGCUUUAAUAAAUGACGAGAAUGUGGUUAAAUUGCGAGAAUCCAUGGUCAGAUGUCGAGAAUCCAUCGAUCAACGACGAGUAUCCUUUCAUCAACGACAAGUAACCGUCGAUCAACUACAAGUAUCCGUCGAUAAACAACGAGUAUCCGUUCAUCAACGACAAG